GAUAUUAUAAAUAUUUAUCAAUUAAUAAUCUGUUUAUUAGGCGUGCUUGCGUGCUGCAGCAAUGUUCGCCGUAUCCGGUGAUCAACUAAAACAAUCAAAAGCAUCUCGUUCAGGACUACAAUUACCAGUAGGACGAUUUUUUCGCUGGAUGUCUGAUGUACGACUAGGAAGAAUGAUACAUGAAUAUGCAGCUAUAUAUUUAACCGCUGGAAUCGAAAAUUUAUUGGAAGAAAUACUAUUGCAAUGUAUACCGACUGAUUCUCAUACAACUUUAACUGCAACUAUGUUGGAACAUGCUAUUGCAAAUAGUGGAGAUUUAUGGGGUCUUCUUCAACCUUAUGCACACCUUAAUGCUGGUCGAACAGCAUCAGGCGCACUUGCCAUGCCACGUUGGGCCAGUGUCAGUUCUUUAAAUUCUUCGUCAUCAUCCCGUAGCGGAAGAGAUGCAGCGGGAUCAACAUUAGAACCAUCACUUUUAACCACCUGUGUAGGAUCGAUAUCGGAACUAAUAGAUUUGAUCUCGAAAGUGGCGCAAGCUGGACGUUCAACUAUACCUUUGACAACAAAGGCAUUGAACGCUCUCUUUUAUUACAUGAGGUGUUCACAGUUAGAACAUGGUGAACGAGGUUCUGGAAUACAAGAGCUUGCGUAUGAACGAGCAUACGUUGUACUUCCACCGCUUGUCGAAUGGUUAAGAGUUGCGACUGCUCAUGCAGAACAUAGGCACGGACUAGUUGUAGAUCAAGAUGAUAUUAAUCAAACUGCCAGAUUGUUAUUGCCUGGUGUAGAUUGUCCCGUCAGACCCAUAUGUUUCGAGGAAAUUUCAGUGUGUUCGAAACGUAUCGAUGACUCUGAAUAUGUUCGUCUUUUAACUAUGGAUAUGGCAUUCAAGAUGUUAACAAGUGGUCGUGCAGAUCUCAUAGCUCAAGCUAUACCUUUGUUGCCAUCAACAAAACUUAAUACUGUGAACGAUAAUGGUUUUACUGCAUUAAUGAUAGCAUGUAUAAAUAAUGAUGAAACAGCUGUUCUAGCAUUAUUAGACGCUGGCGUUGAUUUGAAUAUCGAAAGUCCACCUCCAACUACUGGACAAUCAGCAAAUACACCUUCCAAAACACCAGUUACUCCAAAUAUAUCAAAUGUUAGAACUCCAGUCGCAUCAUCAUCAUCUAUAAUGACUCCAGGAAAAAAUAUGCAAUCUCCAAAUUCGUUUUCCAGUUCACCAAACAUAUCCAAUAGUAUUUCUAAUAACAUAUGCUGCAAUCAAUCUGGAUUCAAUGCAGAAACACAACAUUGGACUGCUUUAACUUACACAGCAUUAUUAGGACAUUGUAACAUUGCUAGAAUAUUAUUAGAAAGAGGUGCAACUGUUGAAGGUGGUGCUAAAUUAAGCGAAGAUAAAUCCACGGUUACGCCAUUGCAAGCAGCUACGGCAUCUGGUAACUCUGAAAUGGUAGCACUACUUUUAGCUCAUGGAGCCCAACCAUUUUUAUCAACUUUGAUAAAAGACUCAUUUUCAUAUUCUGGUUCAGCUCAACGUGGUUGUUAUAGUGCAAUAUCAGUAGCAACAGUUCAUGGUCAAAGGAAUUGUCUACAUCAAUUGUUAUCUCAUCCAUUAAAUUUCUCGGCCAAACGAGGAGAAAAAGAAGUAUUAUCAUUAGAAGAAAUUUUGGCAGAAGGUAGUGCCAAUACUAGUCCACAACAACAAACUGUAGACGGAAGAGGAAAUAGAAGAGAAGGAAAAGAACCAGUUUUUAAUAAAGUUCAAAAUAAAGCUUUACAAGAAGCGAUGUAUCAUAGUGCGGAAAGCAACCAUUUAGAUAUCACAAUGGAACUUCGUGGAUUAAAAGUGGGUUGGACAUUACAUUGUUGGAUGCAUAGUUUAGCAACAGCUCAUGAAAUGAGAUUAGAUUCUAUAAUAGAUCAAUUGCUUCAAGAUUUUCUUCAAGUAUGUCCAGAUGAUUAUUCAACACAGUUCGUACAAGAAUGUCUUCCUUUAUUAUUCAAUAUUUUUAGAUACAGUAAGAAAGAAGGUACGACGCUUCUUCUUGCAGAUAUUUUUUGUACAUGUUUUGGAUGGGAACCAAUAAAACCCAUUCGAGACACAACACUUUCUAGUGGAUCUAGAAUAGAUCCUAAAUUUGUAAAUAAUCCAGAAUUAAGCGAUGUACAAUUCAGAGUAGAAGGCAGAGUUUUCUAUGGUCAUAAAAUUGUUUUGGUUACAUCAUCACCGAGAUUUAGGAAUAUGUUAAGUUCGAAAUUGUGUGAGGGAAAUCCUCCUAUUGUACAAAUUAAUGAUAUUCGUUAUCAUAUCUUUCAGAUGGUUAUGGAGUUUUUAUAUCAUGGUGGUUGUGCUAAAUUAGAAGUUAAUCAAAGUGACGUUUUGGAAUUAAUGGCUGCCGCGAAUUUCUUUCAAUUAGAUGGUUUACUUAGGUACUGUGAGGCACAAUGUUCUUCAAUGGUUGAUCUUGACAAUAUCGUUUCUAUGUACAUUCAUGCAAAGGUUUACAAUGCUAUGCAACUUCUGGAAUACUGUCAGGGAUUUUUAUUACAAAAUAUGGUUGCUUUAUUAACUUAUGAUGAUUCAGUAAAACGUCUAUUAUUUGCCAAGAAAUUGCCUAAUCAUGACGUUCUCGCAGGACUCCUUCUUACUUUGCAAGCAAGAAUAAAAGCUAGACGAUCUCAACAACAAAAUAAAUUAAAAACUUAGAAAUAUUAUGUUCAUAUUAGUAUUAUAAUUUUUAUUUUUUCUGUUGUUGUCUUUUUGUAAUUUUCAAUAUAUUCAUAUAUGAUUAUGAUUUCAAUUUAAAAAAAAAAUGAUACAUAAAUGUAUUAAGACUGAGUGCUUCAUGAAUC